AUGACACCGUGCGUGUCGGACAAGAAGGCGCUAGCGCUGCUAGUUGCCACCAACAUCCUCUACUUCGCGACGUAUGUGUUGCGCCUGAACCUGCUGCGUGUGCUGAUAAACGUGGGAACCUUUGCGAUUUUCUUGGGUGGCGUAUGUCAGAUGCUUUGCAACAAGACUCUGUGCAACGACGGCGAGGAUGAAGAGAAGCACGAAUUCGUCAAAUCGGAGACAAUUGCUGGGGUGUUGCAGUGUGCUUACGCCAGCAUCAAUGGCGUCUGUGGAUAUAUUCGCACGGUACUCCUUUGGAGGUAUCCUAUGAUGUCGGUUAACGCACUGGUCGUGCUCUACAUCGUCGGAUUGUUUGCUCGCAUCCUGUCCUUCCCCGUGCUGGUGUUUUUGUUAGUGUGGGCACUGUGCGGCUGGCUGAGCUUCCGUGAGCACUACUAUGACAUGGUCCACCCUCAGGUGAAGCCUAUCUACGAGGUAAUCGGCAAUGCCGCCCGCGGCGUAUACGCGAGCAUCCCGAAGUUCAAGGAGUCACAGAAGCUGUAA